CUGGAGGGCAUGCGGGGAGUAGCAAGCCAUGCGUAUACAACAAGCGAUUCUUUUGUUCCGUGCGCUUUCUUCAAACACCAGGCGAGCGAGACGAUUCAUCAAGACAAGGAUAUCUGGGUAAAUUUUCAACAAAAAAAGACCUGUGUACGUCAUCAUCCCACGGUGCCCAGACCAUGGCGCUCCACGACUGCCUACAUUACGUAUCUGCCAACUUGAUCCUGUGGGCAGCCGCUUCGUUACUGUCCGCUAGCGCCUGUGUUCUCAAAGCAACGGCUCCACAAGUCGACAUUGGGCGAACGUCGGACGUUAGUCUGGAAUGUCGCAACCCCCACCCCGCCCACGACAUUUCCGAGGUCGUCGCCAUGAGAAUCCUGAGGUGGGAGGUCAACGAAUGGAACAGCGUGGCGGAAUGUCGCGGAGGUGAGGCAGACGUGAGGAUGGAGUCCGAAGACGCCGUCGCUGUGGGAAGUGUGUCGUCUGCUGCCGGCAGCUAUCUGCGACUGACCUGGCCUGUGGCGACGAACACAACCAUUGGCCACUACCGCUGCGACGUGGUCAGUUUCACUGUCCAGGAGAGCGUGACGUGGCAGAAGAGCCUGCCAGUCUUCAUCACCAACAAGAGGUAUGCGAGUCUGCAGCUUCUGGGUUUGGUGGUGGAGGAAAACAAGAGGGCGUGCCUGGAGCAGCUGAGCUCUGACAAGCAGGAGAUUGUGCAGAACGUCACGGCGACCCUGGAGAACAAGGUCAAGGCCAUCUCCAGUCUUGUGCGGAUGCUGAAGGGCUGGGCCCACGACCAGUCGUCUUUCUCGGGAACGGAAUGGAAGUCGUCUGUGAUACAAUCACGGAUGGCGGAGGUUGGAUCGUUAUUCAGAGACGCGCUUCCGGGGAAGGGAACUUUUUCCGCGACUGGACGGACUACAAAUACGGAUUUGGCGACCUCUCUGGAAACUUUUGGUUCGGCUUGGAGAAAAUCCACCAGCUGACAAACCAGAUUCGAUUCGAACUGAGGAUCGAUUUUAAGUACAAGGAAGUCGACUACUUCGCCAGCUACAGCAAGUUUUUCCUGCAAGGAGAGACUGAUAACUACAAAAUUCAGUUAUCCGGAUUUCAGGGCAAUGUGGUAAAUGACAUGUUGAUUCACAACGGCGCGGCAUUCUCAACCAAAGACCGCGACAACAAUUCAGAUAUCCAGGACUGUGCCCAGCAAUACAAGGGAGGGUGGUGGUACAGCAUAUGCCAUGAGGUAAACCUUAACGGCUUGUGGGGCAGUAAAACCUUCGGGGAGGGGAUGAACUGGAAGAGUGUCACCACACACUACGACUCUGUCACCUUCACGGAAAUGAAGAUUCGACCGCUUGUUUGAGUUCAUCCACGAUGUGAUUGUGUGUGUGUGUGGCAUCGUGGGGGAAAUCAGGCGCUCGUCAAAA